CUCCGUUUGGCUUCCCUUGCCUGAUAACUAUUUAAAUACAUUUUACUAACUUUGGAUUCCUUGCUCACUUCACCUGGCUGGACAGGUCUGCGAGGGCUAACAAGUUAGCUCCUCCACUUUUACUGUUUUACUUCUUUUUCAGUUAUUUCUAUUCAGAUAACUAAGUUCAGAAGGACAGUCUGAAAUACAUAAAUAAUGGCAAGUGCUAAUAGUAAGCAGGCUGCUGUAAAAUGUGCUGGGGCUUUGACUUAAGGGAAGAAAGUGCAGCCGUACACUGUCCCUGAUCAGGAAGCUGGAGCACAGAAGAAAACAAAUUCAGCAAAAUCCUUGUCCAAACCUUGGAAAUAUCCAGAAGAUAUAAAGGAAAGGAGCAGAGUUCAUUUAAGAUAAAAAAAUGCUGAAGGUCGGAAACAUCCCAGGACACUGCUUCUGUCAAAUCUAUAUCACCAGACUGUUUCUACUUUCUCACUAAAGAUCGUCAAAAAUGAAGCCAAAUACAAGCAUGACAAGGAGUUCUAAAGAUGAGAAGCAAGAUUGCAUGGCAGAUAAGAAAGUUUCCUUCAGCUGUUCUGUAAGAUGAAUGGAUGUGCAGCAUCGUUUGGAGGAACUGCUUUGCGCUUGUGAAUUGCAAACAGCUGCAACCACCCAACACAAUUCAGCUGCCUAUUUGACACCCAAAAUUCAACCUUUGGAUAAUUAAUUCAUGACUCCCAGGAACAAUGCAGGGAAAUAAGAAAUAUACAGAAGGACAUAGUGACUCCUCAAGUAUUGGGAGUCUUCUGGAUGACACAGACAGAGAGGUGAGCAGUCUCACAGACCGGGCUUUCAAAAGCUUGUGUGUGGCAGAACUCGAAGACUCCUACAAUGAACCAGAUCUUGCCAUUUCACCUGACUUUGCCCUCCAGUUCUCUGCUAAAUUUCACCCAGGGCCAUUAAACCAUACCAUCAAAAAAAGCAACAUCUGUAAGAAGCAAACACCAAUAAACAAUGAACAUACAAUACGGGCUUCAACAUUCCAGCAGUUACCAAAAUGUGCUCCAGAGGAGAAAAAGAUUGCUAAAAAUAACACCUUUGCCACAGAAAGGAAAAAGCUGAAUUUAUCAGUCCCUGGUCCAAGGAACAAUAAACAUAUUUCAAAAGUGUCCUCAUUAAUUAAGACAUUCGAUAAAACUGCAGACCAAGGGUCAGAAGGUUCCCUGAUAGCCCUUAAACAACCCAUUACAAACAGCUUUCAAAAAUAUAAAUUAAAUCAUGGAAACAAUAUGGCCUGCUGGGAUGACACAGACAUUUUAAGCGUUGAUAAGGAAGUUUCUGAAUUUUCAGAGGCUUGUCAAGAUGCCCACUGUCUCAGUGGCAAACAGGAGCCGCUGGAAAGACCUAAUAACAUAGACCUGAACUAUUGUGGCUCUGAUGGUUAUUAUCCUGUGCUGACUGAGAUGUCAAAAGUAGCCAAGUCAAAUUUUUCCCGUUCAUCUAAAAAGGAUUUAAAAACCAGAAGUGUGAAACCUAAUGAGCCAGCAAAAAAAUGUAGUUUUCUUCAUAGUGAAAAUAGUGCUUUUGAAUCAUGGAAUGUUCAUAAAAAACUGACUGAAAAGGAGAAAUUUGUUGAUGUAAAAACAAGAAAGGAAGGACUUGCAUACCCAGAAGAAGGACCAUUUAUUAAAGGAUCCCACAUACAAGAACAUAAAUUCAAGAUCACUGUUGCUAAGAAGCAGGAGAAAGAUUUUCAGACUGAGCCAACUCCACCAGAAGCUACUUUCAGCAUCUACCUCCCAGCUGUACACAUACCUCAGGGCUCUCUCUCUUCAGAAACUGAAUUUCCUGAGGUUCUUCCUCCCACACCCCCCCCUAGGAUCCAUGCACACCAGGGUCCUCCUCGGCCACCCCCUGUCCAGCAGGAACUUUCUCUUUCACCCUCCACCCAGCAGGGCCAUCCUCCAACACCCUCUACUCCUGAAGCCCCUCCUGUGCCACCACCCCCAGUGCCAGCUCGGCUUUCCCCCCUUGCCAUGUCCCAAACCUCUGCUUCACCCCAAACUGUAUCCUACAGGAUGGUUUCACCCUCACUCAUCUCACAGGCACCUAGCUCACCUCCACCAAGACCCCAGGCAACCUUAGCUAAAGAGGAGGCCCUCAGUCCCCAACUGGGCAAUACUUGUCCACCCUGGAGAAGACACAGGGCUACAAAAAUGGCAGCAGAAAAGAGCCAGGCUUCAAAUGAGAAGUUCACAGCCAGUCAUGAGACAUUGUCUGAAAAGGCAACUGGUGCUGAAGCUGAACUGGUUGUGACUCCUCUGGCUAAACAGGUAAACUCUAGAUCCAUCGGUCCCUCUUUCAGCAUCACUGAACUCUUAACACCCAUCAUACCACCAAAACAGGAGGCACACUUUCUGGAAAGUGAGCUGAUCCCACUGGCAACUCCUCCCAUUGAGAGUACGGCAGCAACAGACCAUGAGGGGAGCAUGUUUGAUGAUUACAGGUCUCGGGAUAGUUGCAAAUUGAGAGCAUCGAGUCUGUUAUUCAACUUGAAGGAUGUGCGUAAACGUGUUAAAAGCAUUUAUACCCCUUCUCCCUUGUUAAGGGCCUUGGAGGAGAAAAAUAAAGCUAGGCAAAGUACACAGGAGAGUACAAAUAUGAAUGUCUCACUCUCGACUUUACAAGAAAAUAGUUGCAAAAAUAUUGCAGAGAAGGAUGAAUUGAGUGAUAUAACCUCUGUAUUGUCUGGCAGUGUUCAUGAAAAGGACAAUAAAACUGAUUUAACUGGACAGUUUACAGACAGUUACCUGACUCUGAGUUCACACCAGACAACAGCAGACCUUUUCUCUUACCAAACUGGAGACAACUUGCAGGAAGAUGAUUCAAAGCACAAAGAUCUGAUUAAAAAUACAGGGCAUAAUGAAAACUUCUUGUUCAGACAUGAAUCAAAUGAACCGGAUUUAAGGAAAUUUCUGCAGUAUCCAGCACUGAAACCAUUCAGUAAAGACAAUGCAGAUACAGCAGCUGGGCAGCCCAUUCAAAAUCCCAGUGUGCAGGGUGAAGAAAAAGAGAACCAGGCUGCUAAUCAGAAUGAAGAGUUUGUCUUCAAAAUGCUCCCGAACCAACUGUCACCAGUGGAGGAUGUGCCAUACAGUGAUAUCCAAACCAUCCAGUUGGUAACUGGCUGUGAAGCACAAAGGAAAAGAAGCAGUAGCUCUUCAGAGCAAUCUUUUGUCUCCACAGUAGAGCAGCCACUGCAGGAAGAGCCAUUUCCACCAGUUCUCCUGAUGCAGAAGGCAUGCCUUCAAGAAAGUCCGAAGACUGAGAGUGAAAUGGGUGCAGACAGUAAAAAAAGCCACAAGGAGAGAGGGAAAGAGUCUGGGGAAGAUGAACUGCAGUAUUAUGCUUGUGUCAGCUCUACUACUGGUGCAGCAGAGGACAGGAGGGUUAUUGGAAAUGUACAGGGAAGCCUCAUGAAAGAGAAACUAAGGAGAGAGAAAAGGGAAGACACCAACAGCAUUGAUUCUGCUUCUGGCAGUAAAAGGGACAUAACCAUCCCGAGGUCUGAGGAGCCUCAAACACCCCCCUCUUCAAGCUCAACAAAACCCUGUUUGUUUAUGAUUAAAGAUAACACAGUCAGGUCACCUCAGGUAAUAAGGGCUGUCAAGCUGCCACUGUUCAGGUCCUUUUCCCUGGAUGAUACAGUGAGCAGCAGUUAUAAGGAAAUGGAAAGUAGGCUUGUGCCCCCAGCAGUGUGCAGCAAGCAGCACCGAAAUAUGUUGCAUGCCCAAGCGUUAGGCUGGUCGGCACUGAAGGGCAGAGGGCAGCAGAAUGUGAGGGAUGAAGGAACUGACAGAGGGAAAGAGGCCAGUGAGCCUGAAUCUACUUCAGCAACACUGGAUCCCAGUAUUCUGGAAGAUAGAGAGAACCUUUCAUUAGGGAAGCUGACAGAGGGUGAAGAGACUCAAGCUUUGUUAAAUAAAGUUGGGAAAAUGAAUGAGGAAAGUGUUUGUGGAAGGAAAGAGAAGUCCCAGACUAGGGAGGCAAGACACAGCUUAACACAGCCAAAUUUAGGUCUGGAAAAUGACCAAGCACAAAGCAACCCCAGCUGCUCUGCAGAAAGAAAGACAAAUUACUUUAAGAAUCAUCAUUUAUCUAAUCGCAGAGGUGGCUCUUGCACAAAAAAAAUAAUCACUAAGGAGACCAUUUCCCCUGUGACUGGCUCCGUAUCAGAGGACCACACAUAUUCUCCUGUAUCCCAUGAAGCUUUAGAGGACAGCCUACAUAUGGAAGGUGCACCAGUUUUGUUAGACAGUCUUGCAUGCUCUGCUGUUGCAAGCCCCAGGUCAGGCAGCACGACACACUCUAUUGCUGCCUGUGUAUCAUCAGGCAAGCCAGCAAGAGACAGAGAGGAUGUUAUAAACCCUGUCUUGCUAAAUAUGGCACUAAAGAGCCAUGCUGACAUGUCUGCAGAAGAGAUCCUUGAUUUGACACAGAGGAAUCUUUCUUCUGAUUCUGCAGGGGCAGCUGAGAGAAUGGAACCCAGGGGACUUGGGGACAGAGCAGCAGGUAAGCCUCCCGCUGUGCCACCAAAAACAGAAAAGGCUCUGCGGCGGGCCAAAAAGCUGGCAAGCAGGAGAAAGAAAAUGCAAGAACAGCAGAAAAUACAUCAGACUGAGCAUACAGAUGCUGUAGGGAGAAAUUCUUCUCAUUCUGGAGAGACACUAGCCUCUCCUUCAGCCUUGGGAUAUUCUCCUCUUCAUCCUGUCCCUCACUCAACUUUCACUCCCAUAGAAACCAGUACUGGAAGACCCAGUGGUGCAUCAGCAGUAAGCCCUUCACCCUCUUCAACCCAGCGUAAACUCCUCCAAGACCCUGAUUCUGGCCAAUACUAUGUAGUUGAUUUACCAGCUGAAGUUAAUUUAAAGACAUUUUAUGACCCAGAAACUGGCAAGUAUGUUCAAGUAUCAGUCCCUUCCUUGGAAGGGAACUUAUACCAGCCCCCCUCUUCAGAAAUUAUAAAUUCUCCCUAUGCCUCCUACCCUAGAGUGCUGCCUUUACCAGCUUCAUCUCUAGCAGUGCUGAAGUCACCUCCUCAGCUCUCUGAACCUACCUGGUUAAUGCCAGCUGCACCAGGAGAACCAGCUGAACUACCUGAAGAUGGCCAGCAGGACUACAAAUAUGCUGAAGCUGUGGACAACCCACCCUAUAUUGAACCAGCCUCUUACCCCUACAGUCAAGAUGCUGUAGGAACUCAAGUUCAUUUACAAAAGGACAUGAGCCCAAUCCCAAACACUGACAUCGUGUCCCUCACCGAUAUAGGUGAUUUUGCUGCUGAAGGAGUAUCCUGAAAACUCAAGUAACAAAAUAUGCCAGCUAGUGUUUUUAAGAACCAUUUGGACAGACACAUGCACACAAAACCACAUGCAGAUUUGAUGUUUGUACAACACUUUAUGUCUGAAUCUCAUUGUGAUUUGCAUAGAAAGGAAAAUGAAAACUAGCCCUGUUGAAAGAUGCAAGGUGAUGAUAACUGAAGAAGUGUGAAACUGAGAAAGCACCUAAUUAUCACUGAGAUGAAGGGGCAAUGCCAGCUAAACCAAUCAAUACAACAGUAUGAAGCCACUGCUUGCUGCUGCUGCUGCUUUGCCAUUAUGAUGGUUGGGAUUGCCAAAGCAAAUAUCCUUUUACCCAGAUGUGUUGCACCAUCUAUGACACAAAGUAAAAUGUGUGAGACCAUUCUGUCCAUCCUAUGAGAACUAGGGCAGAUGCUGCAUCUACUGAAGUUUUCUCACUGCCUUUGAACUAUACUGACAAGUAGAAAGCAUGUGGCUACAAAUAAGUCAGAAACCUGACUCAUCUUUUGCACACUUUUAUUGCCCAGAUAUUGUUGACAAGAAGAUUGUAUGCUGGAUGCACAAUACAACAGUCAUGUCAAAUAACCUUUAUAAACAAUUAGAAUACAGUUGCAGCUGCUCUAGACUUCUCAUAUACUUUUGCAAUGUCCACUAACAUGCUGCUGAAUUCUUUAUAUUCCUUGAUAACCUCCAAAUAACUUUUCUUAGGAUCAGGGAUUAUUUAUAAUGCAGCUUAAAACCAAGUACCUUGAUAUUUGGCCUGAAAUAUUUCUGUUAGGAGCAAGGUUGAAUGAAAUCCCAUAACAGUAUUUAAUGUUUUGUUCAGGUGAGAAGACCUUUGCUUAUUACAAUUGAAGUGCAUUUUUUGGUUGUUUUGUUUUCAGGAUCCCACUGAAAUAGAGCACUAACUUUUAAAACCUGGAAAAACUUAUACCUAAUUUUGGUUUUGUGAAUUCUGAGAUUUAAAGGGAAAAAAACCCACAAAACACAAAAAAAAAAAAAAAAAACCAACAAAUAAAAAAUGUGAGAGAUACAAACCACCCAAAAUAUUAAUUUAUAGAAAAGUGCUUCUUUGGAUUAUCACUUUUCUUUGAAAGAUCUGUAUCAAAAUAUUACUCAUCCUUGCGUAAGCUCUUUUUUAUCAUAAUAGCUAAUGAGAGAACCUUGGUGAAAAAAAAAAAAAAAAUGAAUGUAAUAUGCCUGCUUAUAAAUAUCUAUAUUUGGAGUACUAGUUUCCUUUGUCUCAUUUUCAUGCUGUUUUCCUCAACUAAAACUGAAGUGCAGGAGCUCUAAGGAAGAAUUAUACUAGUGAUUUUCAGCCUGAUUCACAUCUCAGGCUACUUUUACAGGAUUGUUUUCAGUGAGGUGACUUCACUUCUUGAAAACAAAGGGUGGAAUCAGGCCUUUUGCUAAUAAAUACAACAUGAAGAUAUAGCAUAGGCACUGCUCUUCUCUCCCAGUUUUAGUAUUUAUUAUAGAAGUUUUCUUCAGUAAAUUCUUCAUUUCCCACAGCCGAGGCUGCUCUCAGGACACCAACCAAUGCUUGGUGUUUCAUCUUCUUCCCUAACCUGAAGUCAGCUCUCAGCCUUCCCCCAUCCCUGAGAAGAGCCAUCUGUUCAGAAGCUGUCCUGAGCCCAACAGACUUUCAUCAGAGCUAAUUGCUAAAAUAUUUCCCACCGAGAUGCUAGAAAGACACUAAAGGCAUCUCUUCAUUGAUUUCAGUGGGGCUUAGAUUUGGCCUUUAAUGAUUUUUUGAAGUCUGCUUUACCUGUUCUGAAGUAUUUUCAAAUUUGCCAUUUUGUGAUUCAGCAGGGAUGGUUGCAACAGAGGUGUGGGGUAUAAAUGGAGAAGGUUGUACUGGUUUGGUUUGGGUUUCGAGUACAUUCAGCUAAAUACCCAUAUUUGAACGAACAUUUAUUGUCCAGUCUCCACUUUUUGAAGUUUUCAAAGCUAUGAACAACCUGGGCUGGCCUCAGACCUGUCCCUCCUUGAGAAGGAGGUUCAUUCAGGCACAUCCUGAGAUCUCUUGCAGCCUGAAUUAUCCUAUUAUCCUAUUUUACAAACAUUAAAAUUUUUAAACCAACUUUGACUUGGAACUCAGAAAAUGCAGUCUCCCCUUGGAAGGGAAUAAUUUUGAAAGAAACAAACAACAACAAUAGUGUUUCAGGAACAAAGAUAAGUUCUCAAGUUGUUAAAUUAAGGGAAAUGACACCUGUUAUGAAUCUUUUCAUCUUUUUUUUGGUCACAAAUACUUUGCUAAACUGCCAUGGUGCCAUCAAUGUUGCACUUCUUUGUUGCUGUUGCAGCAUGCCUAUCCAGGAUGAAGCAGAACGUCAUCUACAUGUUAAAAUGUAGAUAAGUAGAUCUGUUAAAGUUUUACACAGUAUGUUUAGACAGAACCUAUGUAAUCUGAAAGCUUAGCAGAGUGCAUAAAACAUUUUUUUGGUUUGCCAGUUACAAAUGUAAAUGCCUGUAACAGCCACAAGUCCAGAAGUAGGCACACUUGCAGUGAACAGAAUAAAAUUAGCAUGCUUUCCAAAGGGACACUGCAGAUACAAAGUAUCCAUGCACAGAUAGAAAAGAAAUAAUAAUUUGAUACGCAAAAUAUACAAUUGAAUUUUUAAAAAUCCUCUUUGAAGGCAAACUGAAACGUGGGUAUCUGAAAAGGAGCCAGUCCUAACUUGGAUACCUAAUACAUUUCAAGUAGGAAUUAUUUAUUUUGGCCAAUACUUUCCGUUAGCUUCAAAGAGUUGCACUCACAUCAGACUGUGUCUCCAAACAUGCUCGUGCCUCAGAGGGAGUUUUGAUGUAGAGGAUUUGUAACUAAAUUAAAUAAAUGGAACUGGGGAGCUUUGAAAACAAAUACGAAAGUGUUUCUCAUCAUGUGUCCAGAGAUUUCCCUAGAGCACUUUGACACAGGGAGUAAAUGAUGUUCUAAAAAAGUGUUGCUCUAGGUGCCAGCCUGGUAUUGACUCCAUUUGAAUAUGAAAUCAUCAGCAAACUUGACUCUGGCCUAGACCAUGCUGUUGGCCAACUGCUUGCCAAGCUGUAGGAAUGUGUGUGUCUACAAACACACACAUAAACAACCAUAUAUUUAUAUAUAUACAUACAUAUAUAUAUAUGCAUACAUAUAUAUCUAUGUAAUAUACCUAUAAAACUGCCAUUUGCAUACCAGUAUAAGACAGCAGUAAUGCCUGUGGUUAUGAACACAAAUUUUUGAGCUUUAAAUUAACAAGCAUUUUUCUUCCCAUACCCUUUUCUGUUUGUGUUUAUUUGGUUUUGUUUGUUGGUUUUUUUCCCAUUGCUGCUGCAGGAAACUAGGAUGUAAGAGGUCAUUAUUAGGAAAAAAUGACAGUGAAUUGACUUUUUUCUUUUAGGGGUGGGGAGACUAUGGGAAACGUGCAAUAGUCAUGAAAGCAAUUGUAGGAAAGCACAGUGUUGUGAUGCGACUGAUAGUGACAUUAAAUCAUCGGUUAAAGGGGUGUUGAGGCAAGCUAGGAUGAUUUCUGCCUUGCCAGCAGCCAGUGGUUUGUACUGAAAAACACAGUAGACUCGUUGCAUUCACAGAAGAGCAGCAGGCUGAAGGGAAUAGAGGACCAUUGCUUUCACUACUCCAUUUUUCUGCACAUGGCCUUUAUUGCAUGUUGCAUUUCUGGAUGCCCUGAGGCUCAUUUACAGCGGUGAUUCUUCCCUGGCAGAUGUGACUGAGACCAAACCUGGCUUACUUAGUCUUUGGUUCUUGAGCCAGAACUGCCUCCCUUUGAACCUCCUUCUCCUUCUGCAACACCUUCCAGUCCAGUGUCACAUGGCAGACUUGUACUGCCAUCCCACAGCCAUGGUUCUGCUCCAAGAACUCAAAUUUCCUCAUGCAAAAUGCUGCUUUUGUUUUAGAGUGCAGUUUCAUUGAAAUGGCCUACAUGCACGGAUUUUUAUCUACUCCUCCUUGGCUGUUCAGUGCCUUCCUAAGUCAUCUGUUCAAGAAAAUGCAUUGUCAUCAGCACGAUCCAUCAAUGCAACUGUAUUUGCAAAUACGUAAUUAUUUAUUAAUUAAUAAAAUAAAUGGGACUUGUUUUACAAUACUGGAGUGGCUUCUAGACAGCUUUUUCAUUGUAAUUUUAUCUCAUUGUAAUUUUAUCUCCAGUUGCAACAGCAGAAAAAGUUGACAACAUGGAAAUACGUGUUUAUGUGUGCAUGUGUGUGGUACACAAUUAAAAGAACUAGGAGAUGACUGGAUACAGGGCAUCUGCUCCCUUCCUACCCCUUAUAAAGAGAAGGAGCAAGAGGCUAGAGAACAGCUUUAGCCCAGGACUUCUGCAAUCAUUCCUGCUGCUCCCUGCUGUGUGAGGGCAGCAAUCUGGCCAGAGGACCCUGGGGAUAUGGUACCAGCACCCAGUCCAGCAGCACUGGAAGAGGACCAACAUCUUGCCACCAUUCAAAUGACAUCAGGACUUUCUCAUUCCCUCUGCCCCCUCUACUUGGAGGACGUUAGCAGAUGUGUAACUUAAGGUAGCUUGUCUUUUUCCUUACUAACCAGUUCUGCAGACUGUAUGUAGUCUCCAGAUUCUUGUCAGUGAUGAUUUUAUAUUUCUCGGUUUCUCUCAUUGUCUGUUGUGUUAAGAAACACAGAAGAAAGUCUUCUCAAAGUGAUUUUGGCUCAGUCCUGGUACAGACUAGCAAUUUUAUUUAGGACUGCUCUGCUUUGAUCCCUGACUAUCCAAGCAGUCCUUCCUGACAGUGAAAGUGUUACAGUGCUUUAAUAUAGCAGAGUAUGAACAGAAAAAUGGCUAGCUAUGUUUUUACAAGAAAUACAUUGACAGGUUUGCAUAUCUGUAUUUGAGGCAUAUACUGUCUUUCCUUUCUGAGUAAGUAAAGAACUCUAAGUUUGAUCCUCUGUCUCACUACAAAGCAGUAUCAGAAGCUGGUGAUAUUGGACAUGAUGGGUUACAUGGGCUCUCAUGAAUGCACAAAAAUGUGUGAUUUGGAGCAACUGGUGUACAUUAGUAAUUUUUAUUAAGAAACUCCACUUCAGAGCCUGAUAGGAGAUAGAAAGAACAUGGAACACUUGAGUAAAUUGAACACCAAUGUGG